CUCCCGUCUGCCUAUGCUACGUAUGCUGGGACGGGAUGGCGGGAGCUGGCGUUUUAUGGGAGUGUGCUUUUGGAGUUCGUUUUGGGGGGGAAUAUACGGGGGUCAACGGGAGGCAUACAUGCUAUGUCAUUGCGUGGAGUAGGGGGGUUCGAUGCCCGUACAUCGCCAGAAAUGAAGAUUCGUAUAUCAAGCAACUACCUGUCGUCCACAUCGUGUUUUGUCUCUUCCCUCCUCUAACAACCAAACAAACAAGUAAAUAGAACCCAAUAUGCGACCAUUCCUCCCUAAACAGCCGGUCGCCAUGGCCUCGACCAACCAACCCACGACCAUACCUGCAGCCAGCAACGUGCCCAAGCUCCCGCUGCGACCGCCACCACAUCGCCAUCUCGUUUGCCCUCAGCGCGCAGCAUCGUGCAUACACACAACACAACCACCCAUCUACUUACUCGUCCUUACACAUCGCGGAUACAGCUCAUGGGCCGAGCCCCAUAGUUGGUUACCAGAGGCGGUUGCCCCCUGGGUUAUAACAAUUGCCAUAGUGUCGACCGCUGUGGACCACGCCUGUGGCUUUACGGUCUUUAUCACAGGCGACAGUAACGGCAGGGUUGUUCCAUCCCAUAUCACAGUAACCACUCUUGUGGCUGCUGGCAAGGGUUCCACAGUCGGUAGCAAAGAUUGUAGGCUGGAUCCAGAGAACUCCCGCCCCUUGAGGGGUUUGAUCAUUGACCAUAUAGGUGUAGCCAACACCGACUUCGUUGGCCUUGCAUACUUGGUAAGCCGUGCUGAAUGUUGGUAAGGCGAAGAGAAGCUAGAGCAUAGCCAGCGGGGUGGUAGUUGUGAACCGCAUGAUGAUAACAGUGUGGUUCGUUUUGGUUGUAAGAUGAGGCUCUGGAGAGGCGUGCUAUAACAAAAGGAUAUAAAACGCAGCAUUUACUAUCUUAUAUAGACAUACUUGAUGCUCCUGAAGGGAUAUUUGCUGAAGAAUUAUCCAAACACUUAGCCGGUUAAAAUUACUUUUCUCCAAUAACUAACAAAGCCAAGGCCCCCAUGAGCGAAUGCAGUAUUUAAUAUCUUAAUUAGGCAUACUUGACGCCCUCGAGAGAAUAUUUACUGGAGGAAUAUCUCAACACUUAGGCGGUUGGUAUUACUUCUUUCCACUCUCCAACAAAGCCAAGGCCCUGAUGAGCAACCAUCUGUGCAUACCAAUAGU